CACUAGCUACAUUUUACAUUGUCACUUUGAAUAAUACUGGCAUGGCGCUGGCAAUCAGUGAUAGCCGAUAGGUGACCGGACUCCACUCCGGUGUUGCGGAACUCAUCCCGACCGGCUCCCGCGAUGUUGCGUCCAUAACAAAGCCGCAUAUAGUGUGCUGGAGCGACAGACAUCGGCUCUUGCGGCGCGUGUCGUCCUUGGGCUUCUGGCAUGGGCUGCAACCAGUCGGCUCCGAGGGGUGGCGAGGGCCCAGGCACCAUUGGAAAUGCGGAAACGGCCACCGGCCUUGGGACCACGCCAAUUCGCAUUUCCUUCAAUGGAAAGCAGAGUGCAUCUCUAGCUCCUAAGGCCGCAGUCCGGGACAGCGUACAGGACAUUGGCGAGAAGUCCGCUCCGAAGGGCGAUAACAACGGGAAGGGGCAUGGGAGCAUCUCAUCGAAGGAUGGCUCCGAGCGCACGUCGGCAAGCAAACACGCUAACACCGACACCCGGGCGGCUCAAGGCCCACAUGGCAGCAGCUCCAACCUGCCGGCGGCCGGUAACGGCGCCUCCGCCCCCAACACAGCGAGCGCCAGCCACACCACUUCGCCGCAACCGCCCAAAGCCGGCAGCAUGGACAUCCACAGCAACCGCAGCAGCUUUGCCGCUGAGGGCAUUCCCGCGGGCAGCAAGCUCGCAGUGGCGCGCGCCAGCGGCAGCGCACGCCGUAGCGUGGAGGAUGUGGGCGCGGGAGCGGUUGGCGGCGGCCGGCUGCCGCCGGCUCUUGAGGCUGCUCGCAGCAGCCAGCAGGCUCGGCUGAGCAGCAUCCAGGCAGCAGACGUGAUGGGCGUGGGCGGAGAGAAGCCGGCGGGCGUCCCGGCGAGACCGCAUGUGGCCGCCUUCGACCCGCUGCCCGGCUACAGCCCUCCCGCCCCGCUGGCGGCUCACUACCCACUGCUGGGAGCCCUGCCGCCCGACACGCCCGUGCCCAUGGACGUGCUGGCGAGGCUGUGGCGGGCGGGCCAGCCGGCCGAGGCACUGGAGGUGGCUCGCGGCCUGGCUGCCGCGGGUGUGCUGCGGCUGGCGGCGCUGGACGACGGCAGCCAGUGGGCGCUGCCCUCGCCGCAGCACGUGGCGCACGCGGCGGCGGCGUGGCCGGGCGUCGUGGUGGCUGUGCACGGGCAGAUUCUGGACAGCUACUGCAAGGGCGGCGCUGUGGCGCUGGACUCGCUGAGGGACGACGGAUACAUCAUCCAGGCUCUGUCGCACCACCUUGUGGGCUGCGGGCGGCUGGAGGCUCUGCGGCGGCUGCUCAUGAACCCGGGCUGGCUGGAGGCCAAGUUGCACGCGUACGGCGUGGGGGCCGUGGUGCGAGACUUCAGGAGGUACCUGCAGGACGCGGAGGCGGACGCUGCGCCCUCCGGCCCCGGCAACGGCUCACCCACGUCGGGCGGCUCCUCAGCUGCGGGCGAGGUGAAGCUGCUGCUGCAGGCGUUCCAGCUGAGCCUGGGCGCGGCCAUGGAGCACCCCACAGCGCGCAUGAUGCGGGAGCAGAUGCUGGCGCGGCUUAUGGCGGUGGCGGCGGGAGGCCGGCUCAAGGAGUGGUACGACGAGCAGACCGCCAAGUGCGCGGCUGAGGGCAUGCUGGCAGUGAACAGCCGGCUGCUGCACCUCAUGCCGCGCUCGCCCAGCCUGGCGCAGGCGGGCGGAGUGCAGCGCAUGACGCUGCGCGGCCACACGGCGCCCGUCACCCGCGUGGCCAUCGCGCCCAACUGCAUCGAGGUCGUCACCAUCAGCGAGGACGGGACCGCGCAGGUGUGGGACAUGAACAUCGGCGAUUGUGUGAUGCAGCUGGCUCGUGACGCGCCGCUGACAGCCGUGGGCCUCACGCCCGACUCGGCGUCAGCGGUGGUGGCGGCGGCGGACGGCACCGCGGCGGUGUGGAGCCUGGCCACGGGGCAGGUCACACACACCUUGAGCGGGCACACAGCCAAGAUCAACGCGCUGGCUAUUGACAAGCAGGGCAUCCGCGUGGUGACCGCCUCAGACGACCACACGGCCCGUGUGUGGAACCUGGCGGACGGCUCAUGCGAGGCAGUGCUACAGGGACACGGCGGCAACGCGGGUGUCCAGGGCGCGGUGCUGGAUGUGGCCGUGUGCGCGGACGGCACACUGGCCGCCACAGUGAGCGACGACUUCAGCUGCCGCGUGUGGGACCUGGACGAGGACGGCGAGGAGCUGCAGGUGCUGGAGGGGCACGGCGGCUGGGUGGUCAGCGCCGCCUUCGUGGGCACCACACACCGCCUGGUCACCGCCUCGCACGACUGCACCGCUAGGAUUUGGAACGCGCACAAGGGGCGGCUGCUGUUUGUGCUGUCCGGCCACACCGGCCGCCUUAACCGCGUGUCGGUGGACCCGGGCGGCAGCUGGGCCGUCACCGCCAGCGACGACGGCAGCGCCCGCGUGUGGGACUGCGAGACCGGGCAGCUCAAGCAGGUGCUGGAGGGCGCGCACAACGCGCACGUGACGGACGCCGCCAUCACGCGUGACUGCAGCAAGGUCAUCUCCGUGGCCGGCGACGGCAGCGGCGCGGUGUGGGACCUGGCCAGCGGGCGGCGCGAGGCACUGCUGGAGGGGCACACCGGGGAGGUGCGCGCCGUGGUGCUCACGCAGCGAGGCCGCUUCGCGGUGACUGCUGGCGAGGACGGCACCGCCCGUGUGUGGGACCUGGCUGCUGAGGCGCUGGUGGCGCCGCCCUGCCACAGCGGCCGCGUGACGGCGCUGAGCACGCUGCCUGACGGGCAGCUGGUGGUGUCGGCGGGCGAGGACGGCUGCGUCUUCCUGUGGGACCCCGUGGAGGGCGUGUGCCUCAAGCGCAUGGCGGGCCACCAGGUGGGCGUGCGCUUCAUGCGCGUGUCGGCGGACGGAGCGCUGGUGCUCACUGGCAGCGGCGACAGACAGAUUUCGCGGUGGAACUGGGGCGAGUACUCGGCCGCGGCCUCGGUGGCGGGCCACCGGCGCUCCAUGGAGCGGCGCGAGCUGAUACUGCACACGCUCCACACCGCCACCGGCAGCGCAGGCAGCCGCAGCCUGGCUGGGCUGACGGCCGGCGGCACCAGCGUCGGCCAGCCGGGCAGCGAGCUGGGCAUGGGGCUGGGCGACCGCGCCACCAACAGCACCAUCGCCACCACCCCUGGCGGCGGCCGCACGCCCGGCACGGGGCGCAACAGCGAGGAGGAUACGCUGGCGGCGCUGGAGGACAGCUGCAGGGACGGGGAUUCCGGGCCGCCACCCUCCGUGCCCAACACCGCAUCCGGCGGGACGCCGCGCGUCGCCGCAGCCGAGCCCGCCGGCGCCAGCGCUGCCACCGCGCCCGCCACCGCAGACAGCCUGCCUGUCCUGGGCAGCCCGCCUGUGUCCACACCCGCCUCCGCCCUGGGCGUGGGCAUGGGCCACAGCGGCCUGGGCGCCGCCGCCCUCGCGGCGGCCGGCGGCACGCCGCCGCUGCUCCCGCUCGCAGCCACCGCGGCCGCGCGCGCCACGCUGCUGGACCUGUGUGCGGGCGUCACCGCCGACCCGCUGCGCGCGUCCAUGCCUGCGCAGCAGGGCUCGCGCGUCAAGCACAUGGCCUUUGACGCCGCCUGCACCACCGCCGCGGUGCUGCUGUUCGACUCCACCGUGAGCGUGUGGGACGUGACCAGCGGGCGCUGCACGGCGCAGCUGAUCAAGCGUGGGGAGCGGGACGCCAGCCGCACGCACAGCGGCGGCGUGAACGCGGUGUACCUGAUGCGCGACGCGCGCACCGCGGUGACCAUCAGCAAGGACCAGACCGCCCGCAUCUGGGACGUGCCCACGGCCUCCACCCGGUUUGUGGUGGAAGGCCACACGGACGGUCUGGUGGCUGCGGACAUCAGCGCGGACGAGGCGCUGCUGGCCACUGCCGCAUACGACAAGACGGUCCGCGUCACGCGCAUGGCCACGGGCGCGGCGGUGGCGGUGCUGGACCACCCUCAGCCUCCCACGGCCGUGUCCUUCAGCCCCAACUGCCACCACAUGGCGGUGGCGCUGGAGGACCACUCAGUGGUGGUGUGGGACCUGGUGGGCCGCUGCUGCCUGCCGGCCCUGGACGCGCACAAGGCGGCGCUGUCGGUGCUGACGUGGUCGCCCGACAGCCGCUUCCUGCUGACGGCGGGCGCGGACUGCACGGCCCGGCUGUGGCGGGCGGAGGACGGGCGGCAGCAGGCCUUCUUCAUGGCGGACAGCGCCAUCACAGCGGCCUGCUUCGCGGGCGCCCCGGUGGCGGACAUUGUGGUGGCUGGCGACAGCGCCGGUGCAGUGCACUUCCUGGACUGGGCCGAGGAGCUGCAGGGCUGAUCUGCUGCGGCUGAGCUCGGGGGGGGCGCACCUAUAGAGAGCUUGGAGCCAGCACCCCGCCGCUGCCCUCAUGGCCGCGUAGGCGACCACCGCCGAGUAGAAGUCCGUGAACUCGGACAUGUUCAGCACGGAGCCUCGGCAGUGGCUGGCAGUUCCAGGGGCUGGCGGAGGUUCAGGUGCAGGCAGAACAACGUGGAGCUGGCACGGAGCUGGCGCGGAGCCUGGGAAGAGUACGCAGUGCUGGAGGAGGCUGCCUAGGGCGCCCAUGCCGGUGUUGGUUGAGGUGGGUGCUUGCGGACCCAAUAAGCGCCAGCCGCAGCGCCGAGCCGCGACCGGUGGUGGCCGGCGUGGAGCUGGAGGAUGUGCAUGGCCAUGUGGCCACAUGCUGAUGGGGGUUCGUACGUACGGCGUGAGUUGCUGUUGGGUACGGCGCUGAGAUAUUAAGAUGUGGCCGCAGUAGCGGCAUAGCGGUAUGUCGGCCGCGGAAAUGACUGAACGGCCGUCGUGUGUGCUCCGCCCAACACCAACACAUAAUGGGUUAGCGAAAGACGGUUAUGAGCGGGCACGAAGUAAGUUGAAUGCUCAUACGUUGAUGCGCAAAGCGAGCCUGCGACUCGCGACAACGUUGAAUCGCUCGAGCACCUGUCUGCCGGUCGCAACAAAUACGGGAAGGGCAAGGGGGGACGUUGUGCAUCUUUGUGGGUCGAUGGCUGAACAUGGUUUUCAUGCAGUAAAUGACGCAAGGGGACUGGAAUCAUUGUAUGAAACUGUGAUGCUGUCUACAAUAAAGAGCACGCGUAUGGAAGGGCAUCAUGCGUGGCAAGGGCGAUCGGCGGUGCGGCUGCAUGUGUGAGCGUUGGGUAUUACCAUGGCCGGGCCUGCAUGCGGGCAAUCGGUACUGGCUUUGGUUGUCACAAUAAAUGGUGUUGUCAUCUCUUUUUCAGUGGCUACUAGUGUCCGGGCAAGUUGGAGUGGCCUGGGUGCCGCAAUACGUUGCAUUCCGGCCAACGUGGCAUGGGGCGGUGGGACGGUGGCGGGUGGGCAGAGAGCGCAAAGGUAAGCCAUACGCGGAGCCAUCAUGGCCUGAUGGACUGCGGGCCACGCGCACUAGGUGUACAAGUUGCUGCUUGCGUGAGGCGAAACACGCAUACAGCAUACUGGCAUACUUCUUUUGUGUGUGCAAUGGAUAAGGCGGGUGCUUCUCACGCUGCCAACUGCCGUCAGCGACGGCCUGCGAGCGCAUGAGGUCUGGGCAAUGCGCAAGCGUCGUCAGGCAUGCAGUAGAAGGUGCUGUCGUGUUGGUGCCUUGCGGGUGAAGCGCAGAGUCGGACUGCCCGCGCGCUGCCGGCGCAUACGGCAAGUUGUUGGGUUGAGUGUGCAGUAAGUGCGGGCGCGGCACGCUGAAGGCCACUUGAUGUACGGCGCAGACCGUGGCAUGUGCCAAGAAAUAAGGUGGGCCAAUGCCGCCUCACCUGGAAUCGGUGCAGGUGCAGGCCAGGAACCAAAGUUGGCUGUGUCACACAGUGCUGUCGCGUGGUGUUGUAUCGCCUGGCGGAUUGGAACGGGAACGCCUGCAGGGCGCCUGGGCAUGGCUGAGCGUUGAAGCUGGAAACUUCAGUCUCAAGGACCAGUGCUGAUUGUGCUGCUGUUCAUGGGGUAUAGAAUGAUGGAAUGCAACUACCGCGUGCUUGGUUCAAUGUUUGAGUACAAAAAAUACAAUGGCGUGCACCACCAUGCCGCACGAUGAGGAUUACCGUACUGAUAUGAGUUCUUUCUGUCUAUGCGAAAUUGCGAAUUCCGAACAUUGCCGCGUUGAUGAAGAGUUGCGUGCCGCAGUGGGUACAUAAUGAUGGAAUGAUGGAGCCACCAUUGGAGAUAACCCGAUCCACCCCUCCCACCACCCCGGUUGCCCCGCCACCCCAGUUGGCGAGCGGUUGUCGAGCCUUGCCGAGCGCGCCUGGCUGGUCCGGUACUCGUCGAUGAUGAAUAUGUGCCGCACG